AUGCCGAAAAGCUAUCCGAUUUUCGGUUCAAACUUCCUCCACAACAAAAUGGCCUUUGCUAAGUGGUAAUUUCAAGGUUUUGGAUUUUAUUCAGAGCUUGGAAAUUUUCAGCUUCAUCCUCCUUGCCCUCGUCGCCGUCUUGGCCGUCCUCCAGCCGGCUUCUGCUCAAUAUGUAAGCUCAAUUUCUCUAGCUUCUCUAGAAAAAAACCUCUGAAAAGCGUUGUUGAUAGCCAUGUAGAAUAAUUCUGAAAGUUCGAUUCUAUCAGUUCAUUUUUUUUAAAAAUGCUUCGAAAACUUCUCAUCAGAAGAAUUUUCAAAUAGUUAUUCGUGUCUUUCCAAUGGAAUUUAAAGGAUUUGAGCCAUUCAGACGCUAAAAAAAUUUUCAAAAUCAUCAAAAUCGUCAAAUUCACAUCUUGUCAAGAAAUUCCCACUCUAUGAACUUAUAAAAUGAAAAAUCUGUGCCUUCCGAAGUUUCUUAAUAAGAAUAUUUUCCUACUUUUCGUAUCCUCCUAUUAAAAUUCCAUGAAUUUGAGCCAGUACGACACUAAAAAAAUUUUUUUCAAAAAUCACCGAAAUAUUUCAAUUCAGAUCUUUUAAAGAAAUUGGCAUUCUCUGAAAUUCAAAAAAUUUGAAAAAUCGGCUUGAAAAAAAUCUCUAAAAAAACUUUUCAUUAAAAACAUUUUUUUACUACAUCUUUGUAUCUCGCUAUUAAAUAUUAGUGUUUCUGAGCGAAUAAAGCCCCUAAAACUUCUAAAAUUACCCAAGACUUGAAAAUUCUGAACUACAUUGAUCACUGCACCUUCUGAACCUUCAGGAUUGCAAAUUCACCCUUCAACCCAUUUAUUGAACUUUAAAAAUUGUAGAUUUGCGCCAGGAAACUAUAUUGGUUCACUCUCACCUCAAAAAACCAUUUUGAAACUCUAUAAUUUCAAAACUACCCUUUAAAAACCACUUCAUUCCUUCAGAACCUCCUUAUUUCAACUCAAAAAAACCUUUUCAAACCCCAAAUUACAGUACGCCGGAGCUUCUGCCUACUACCCGGGAUACAGCAGCUACUACGGUGGCUACUAUCCCGGCUACUCCGGCCUCUACCCGUCCGCCUACGGUAGCUACGGAGCUUACGGUACCUACGGCUCGGUCAUCGUCAAAAGAUCCGUCUAA